AUGCGAUUAUCCUGCCCUCGGUCGCACUAUGGUUUCAUCCUUCGCCACUCUCUGUUCGGAAGGAACCCAGAGCCUGCCAGUGAUACCGGAAGCAUAAUUAUCUUCGGUCCUGACGGCCAGGCAUCCGUCGUUUCUCCUGAAGAUGUCGGCGGCAACGCUCCGUCGGACUCUCAGGCAGGUAUUCCGCAAGCAAUUCAGGAGCCUCAGGACCAAACAGGCGGUGCAGCACCGCAAGUGAAUACAACCCCAGCGGGUGGGCCAACGUCCGAAGCUAUACCGACUCCUGUGGCAACGUCAGUUGUUCCAGAGUCGAUGACAACAGGAACAUACGCGACAACAUCCGUUGCUUCUCACGUAUCCUCGGCGCUUUCAGAGUCUGUCGUCCCGUCGAGCGGAACUUCAGUCUCACAAGCAGCAUCAACGUCUGCAAUCAUAUCGACCAGCUCUCUGGUAUCGUCGACUCCCGCACUACCCCUCAGUACUUCUUCUGUUGUCUUGGCGAUCCCAAGUUCCUCAUCUACGCCGUCCGCGGCGGCGUUCACUUCAGCCAGCUCAAGCAACAAUGACUCUCUCUACAUCGGGAUUGCCUUGGGAUGCAUCGCGGGCUCGGGUGUCAUCAUUGCCUUCGUAGCCUGGCUCUUGCGCAUGCGCUCGCACAGGAGGCGGCGCAGACUCGAGGCCGAAUCACCAUAUCUCUGGCAGAACCGAGAUCGGAAAGACAGCUUUCUCGAUGCAGGCUACUCGAGCAAGGAGGACUAUCUCGGACCAGGAUAUUCUUCGGCGAUGCAAGAGGGCGAUUACAGCGCCUACGACCAGCAUCUACAGCCGCCUCCCGGGAUUCAUCUCAAUGGCGACUCCUACCCGGCCGAUAUCCUCGACUCGUAUUCGUCAAACAACAGUCCACUGCAGCCGAGCGUCCUCAGCGCGCACGAUCGAACACCUCUCCAAGUAGCCAAUUUGAUGCCAGGGGACGUGUUCCUCUCGUCAGAUGAAGCCAGCCGGCCGGGAACAUCGCUGGCAAUGCUGCAGACACCUUCAGCGGAUCCUUUCAGCACCCCGCGGCAGCCCACCUUCAAUGAUAAACCAAGAUUCCUCGGGCUCAAGGACGGCGGGCUCGAUGUUCCCUGGGCACCGAGCAGAGGCAGGAUGGCAAGUGGCAACGCGCCACCUGGGGAUCUAGAGAAGGGAAUCGCUGAGAAAAAUGAGGAAGACUCUUGGGAGCCGUUGCCGUAUCCUGGGGAAGGACAAGGGCUUGACACGGGACAGCCAACAAACGUAGGCGAGGACAAGCCGACGGCAGGGACCAAUGUCGAAGCUUGGACGGCGUCAUUGAGGGCUAAUCUCGCGAGCGUGCUCAACAUGGCUGGCGGAUAUCUGUCUACGAACGCAAGUGAGACUCAAAGUCAAGACAAGUUCACGACCAUGCCCUCUCGGAGCAAGCGUCGGUCCAGCCAGCGACUGCCCGGCGCCUCGUUGACUAGGGAGAGCACCAACCGCACUACCACGUCGAACCUGUAUACUCUGGAAGAGGUCGAAGAGGGCACUGGGGUCGUUCACAUACGGGGGGUCGAGACGCCGAAGCCGCUCACUCGACCUCUUACCAUAACUAAACGACCGGAGUCGGCGAUGGUCAAGUCGCGCCAAAGGGCACAGCUGUGCGUGCCGCCGUCCGGAACGGUGACGCGGGCGAGCAGCGUUUACUCGACAGCGUCUGCUACUUCGUCGGUGUUUGAGACAGGGUCUCGGGCUCCGCGUCUGCCGAGUAUACCGCCAUUGUCGAGGGCCAUCAGUAUCAGGACGCAGAGGGGACCUCAGGAUACCAGCAGGGAGGGGUCCGCAAGUCGGGAGAGCAUCUUCAGGAAAGAGUCCAGGCAACAAGCAAGACCAAAGAUAUUGACGAGGUUGACCUCGAAUUGCUCCGCGACCUCGGUUGGAUCAGACAUGUCUAGGUUAUCGACUGCACAGGAUAGGCUCACGGACGAGGAGAAGAUGGUACAGCAGGCACUGCGGGACAGGAGGAAGAAGAUGAUGAACAUGGGCGCUGGUCGGGGCGGCCCUGCAGCAUUUCGCAUGACAAGUGUAAGAACGAAUAGCAGCAGACGUUCUCGCAGUAGAGGGAGGCUGUAA